AGGAAGAGCACCCAGGACCCCUCCAGGAAAUCCUGGAAGUGGGUUGGCAGGACGUGUCCUGACAGGUCUCUUUUCUCUCUGCCUAGAAAGUUUCGAAAGGCCGAGUAAGAGCAGCCAUACAGAUCCAGGCCUGGUGGCGGGGCACCCUGGUGCGCCGGGCGCUGCUGCACGCGGCGCUCCGGGCCUGGGCCAUCCAGUGCUGGUGGCGGAUGAUGCUGGCCAGGAAGGCGCACCAGAAGCGGAGGCUGGCCCUGAUGAGCUACGUCGUCCGAGAGCGGGCGGUGGUCAAGCUCCAGUCUCUGGUCCGCAUGUGGCGGGUCCACUGGCGCUACUGCCAGGUGCUGAGCGCCAUCUCCAUCAUCCAGUGCCACUGGCACCGCCACGACUGCCAGACGUGCGCGCUCCUCCGGGGCCACUGCGUCGUCACGGCCACCCACCUGCAGUUCCACAUCGAGAUCACCAACCCCUGAGGGCUCGUGUCCCCAGUAAAGGUCUGACCUGACCUGGUGGUGUGUUCGGUGGUCUCCCCCGGCGAAGGGACGUUUCAGGAGAGUGGGCCGGGCCGCCCCCUCUUUCUUCUUCCUGGG